ACUAGUCAAAAGUCAAAACUGAAAAGAAAAGUCGCCUGUAAAAUAAAGUAGCUUGCGAAUGUAAUAUUUGAAAUAAUUUGCGUUUUUAAUUAAAUUUCUCAGGACCACGAACUUCCUCAAUUGUCUUAUAAAUGAUGUGAUUAUGGGUGUUAGAGAUUCUAAACUUAGUUUUAUAUCAUAUGAAGAUGCAACAAAGCGAUUGUCUGAUAGUGAGUUAAGACGUAUACGAGAGGCAUUUAAGAGGUGUGCAGGUGCAAACGGUAUAGCUCUGAGCUUUGAGGCGUUUGUACAUGAUGUACUCAGCGACGGAGUCCCACAUGAAGUGGCGGAGUGGCUUUACCAGGCUUGCGGAGGAACCAAACGAGGAAUUACCUUCAGAGACCUACUCUGCGGUGUCGUUGUACUUACUAAAGGAAAUAUUGAAGAAAAAAUUAAAUUCUUGUGGACUUUGUAUGUCAACAAUCAAAGUGAUAAUGGGAUUUAUAUGUACAAGAGAGAUUUUGCAAGAGUUCUGCACUUAGAGAAUAUAUCCCUUUCUGCUGCCAAAGCGCUUAAGAGUGGAGAGAUACUGACUAGUCUGUUUGGUUCUGGAGACAAAGUGACAUUUGAGCAAUUCCGCUCUUGGUUGCUGAUCCACAAGGAUGCAACUGUUCUGUCCAAGUGGCUUCUCUAUAACAGGGAGAGUCAUCCCUACGACUUAGAGACCCCAACAUUCUAUCAGAGUCUUGCUGGUGUAACACAUUUAGAGGAAAGGGAUAUCGUUGAGCUGGAGCGAUGGUUCUGGCGAUUGCGCGCGGCGUCGGCAUCAGGCGAAGUGGACGCGGCGGGUGUGCGGGCGUUAUUGGGCCCUGCGAUGCCUCCAGCCGCAUUACCCGGCCUGUUCCUGGCUUUCGACGACAACCGCGACGCACACCUGGACUUCAAGGAGUUGUGCUGUGGGCUGAGUGCCGCAGCGCGAGGCCCGCGCACCGAGCGACUCAAGUUCUGCUUCAAAGUGUUCGAUGUGGACCGCGACGGCGUCCUCAACAACGCAGAACUGGCGGCUAUGGUGGAGAUCCUGUGCUGCGUUGCCAACGAAGCCCGCGGCUGCCAGGGCUCCCGGUGUUCCACCCCCUGUGACGACCACCUCGAGGGGAGCUUCGACCCUCACGACACGCUACAGCACCUCAAGGAUGAACUGGCCACGCCCAGACAGGAACGAAAGCCGCUCUUCCAACUGGGACGUAGUGGUGAUACCGAAAUGAUUAUACUAUCUCAGGAUGGGAAUGCCGAUGUUCGGCAAGCGGGUGACGUGGUGGAAAAGGUGCUGGCUCGCGAGGACUUCCUCAUCUGGAGCACAGAGGGUGGAGCCGUAUUGCUAGCCCCAUUCCUGGAACUGCUAUUCCAGUUAGCGCACGUGUCUCUCGGCCUGCGCCCUGCGUGCCGUCACCAGGAGCGAGACAUCGUGCUGGGCUGGGUGCGGCGCGAGACGAGCCGCGGCCUGGCCGUGGGUCAGUUCUGGUACCUGGUGUCGGCCGAGUGGUGGAGCGCCUGGCUGCAGUAUACGGCUGCCCCGCUGGCCUGCUGCCGUGCACGCGCCGACCGCGACGACGCGCCUGAUAGCCUCACCACCAACUCCACAGAGUCAGGCGGGUCGCUGGCGUGGCAUGACUCGGGCUCCACCUGCAGCGCGGGCAGCAGCGGCGUGGGCAGUGCGACCCCCGCCCCGCGCCCCGCUCACCCGCACCCCGGACCCGUCAACAACGCGCGGCUGCUGGCGCGGGACGCGGGCGCGGGCGGCGUGCGCUCGCUCACGGGCGAGGGCGGCCAGCUGCGGCGUGACGUCACGCUGGCGCAGCACCGCGACUUCGAGCUGGUGCCCGACGCGCUGUGGCGAGCGCUGGCCCGCUGGUACGGCGCGCCCGACCCGCUGCCGAGACAGGUAAUCCGCCCCCCCAACGCGCAGGUGGAACUGGAGCUGUACCCGCUGCAGCUCAACAUCCUGCGACACGUGAACGACCCUCCCACCCACAGAAGCAGCGUGAGCAGCGUGGGCGGACUCGGCAUCGGCGGUGCACUGUACUCGGCCCCCGCGUCCCCGCCGCCGCCGCGGCGCCACCUGGCUCACACCGCCUGCUUCUCCCGGCUGGCCACCGUCAAGCAGGUGACGGAAUUUCUGUGCACCGCCCUCGACCUGCAGAAGGACGCGCUCCGGCUGUGGUGGCUGCGGGAUGUCGGCGCGCUGCUGCUAGAUGACUCACGGCGCUCGCUGCAGGCGCUGGGGCUUCCCGAUGGCGCGUCGCUGCUGCUGGAGCUGCGGAACCCCGACCUCACGUGGCCCGAGGAGAUCGGCGCGCUCGGGUCGCGCCGCAUGACCACCCGCCGGGAGACGCUCACGGCGCCGGACCUGCCGGGGGCCACCGGCCUGCACAACUUGGGCAACACCUGCUUCAUGAACGCGGCGCUGCAGGCGGUGUGGAGCACGGCGGCGCUCCGGCGGUACUUUCUGGCGGGACUCCACGAGCAGGAGCUGAACACGCGGAACCCGCUGGGGACGGGCGGGGCGCUGGCGCUGCGCUAUGGCGAGCUUUGCCGCGAGGUGUGGACGGGGGGCGCGCGCUCCGUGGCGCCGCUGCGCCUGCGCUGGUGCGUGUCGCGGUGGGCGCGCGCUCUGGCGGGCGGCGGCCAGCAUGACGCCCAGGAGCUGCUGGCGUGGCUGCUGGACGCGCUGCACGAGGACCUGAACCGCGCCGCGCCGGCGCCGCCGCCCGCCGCGCCCGCCACGCCCGCCCCCGCGGCCGAGCCGGCUGCCGCGGCCGCCGCCUGGCGUCAGUUUGCGGCACGCAACACGUCCGUAGUGACGGACCUGUUCUACGGGCAGCUCAAGUCGCGCGUGCGCUGCGUCACGUGCGGCCACGACUCGGUGCGCUUCGACACGUUCAACAUGCUGAGCCUGCCGCUGCCGCUGGAGAACAGCUUGCGCGCUGAAAUCAAAGUGAUCCUGUUGGAGGGGUCGGUGCCGGUGGUGUACGGAGUUCGCGUCCCGCCCGACGCCACGUACCGCGACCUCAAGCUAGCCCUCGCGCCGCUGGCCGCGCUGCCACCAGACGCCAUGCUGUUGGUGCUGGUAGCGGGCUCCCGUGUGAGCGCCGUGCUGCCGGACGAAGCCCGCGUCUGCCCGCGUUCGGCCUGCGACCUGCACGUCUACGAGGUGCCGCCUCCUACCGCGCCUUGCCAUGACAGCGGAUCCUGCAGUGAGGACGAGAUGGAAUGCGAGUGCGGAGUGGACGCGGCGUGCGAUGGAGAGGGAGAUGGAGAGGGAGAUGGAGAUGGAGUGGGUGGUAGCAGCGGAGCGGGCCGCGAGGUGAGUGUGCCCGCCUCCAGCCUCUGCAUGCCCGCGCUCUUCUGCUUCAAGGUUAGAGCUCGCACAAGCACUCCGCUCACGCACACUGGCACGACCCCCUCCCCGCACUAACCAUUUUGUACCUAUGAGGCGGUACACUUAGCCUAGAUUAUUUAUACGUUUAGAUAGAGCCUCUUGAUGCCGGCUGGAUUAUGUGUAAACAUUAUUGUGUUUCGGUCUGAAGGACGCCGUAGCUAGUGAAAUUACUGGCAAAUGAGACUUAACAUCUUAUGUCUCAAGGUGACGAGCGCAAUUCUAGUGUUGCUCAGAAUUUUUGGGUUGUUUAAGAAUCCUGAGCGGCACUGCAUUGUAAUGGGUAGGACGUAUCAAUUACCAUCAGCUGAACGGCCUGCUCAUGUCGUCCCUUAUUUUCAUAAAAAAAGACAACCGAUGAAAAUAGGCGAGGUUUAUAACUUUAGUGUGAGUGACAAGCUACGUCUUACAUUUGCGAUUUCUAUGUCACUUUGUGUUAGUGUGCGUGCAUUGCUCGAAAUAGAGAGGUUUACUGUGACACCUCAAUUUUUUUCAACGUUUCCGCAGCUGGCACAUUCUAGACCAGAGUUUCUCAACCUUUUUUAGGCCAUGCCACCUUAACUUUACUAAAAUUUUAUGCCCCCCAUACAUAAUUUUUAACCUUUAAAAAUUGUUUUGUAAGAAAUAUAAAUGAUCAGUUUUAGGAAGAAAUCACUACAAUAUAUAUAAUAAUUGUUAUCAAAACAUCGUAACUAAAAGUAAAACUGAAAUUCAAAACAAUAUUAAUAUUGACUUUUCUAUAUACAUUUAUCCUUGCGCAAGCAUCAUACUUGCUGCACAGAGAUUUUAUAUUAGGCUCCAAUUUACUCAGUAUUAAUCUCAAGUCUUCGCGUUGUGUUAUAUUAAGUCGAUUUUUUUUAUCAGUAAAUCAUUUACAGCACUUAAUCCACAUUCAGCUAAAUAUGAAGAUGGAAACGGCAAUAAGUUUUCUUUCACAUUCUUAGAAUUUGCCUUUUUUGUUAAAUUUGUCACAGACAUCUAGCAUUGCAUUUAAAUUACUCAAAGCGAAAGGAUUAAAGUCGUAUCGAGUCCAUUUUUAAAUUAACUAUCAAAUUGCUCCCCUGUGGGCUAUACGUUGAGAAACUCUGAUCAAGACGUAUAAAUGGUCUAAACACUUAGCAAAUCUACAUACUUAUUUUGGCUCAAAACUACAAUUUUGAUUUGCAAAUAAUUAUUAUGUUCACGCAACUAGCAUCACCCAUAGUAUAA